CUUCCAAAAUCCCCGGUGAAAGUCCUCUGCAGUUCGAUGCGGAAUCUCUUGGAGGAAUUACCGACAAAGAGUCGGAAGAGCCUCCUCAUGUCCUCGUGGAGACUCGCUCCCGCCAUAGUGGUGUGGCGCUAGACCGCAGUGCCAGUGUCUACUCCCAACGCGUCAAUAUAGGAGCGAAAAUACCUGGAGAAUUCAGGACUUUGAGUAUCAAUGUUAACGAGACCAAGGAGGGUAGCGUGAACGCCAAAGCUAAGACCAUAGUCAAGGAAAUUGCGGAUUUAGAUUGGCACGAGCUCGAUGCUCUGGAGGUCCUCACCCGCCUUGGGGUGUCCGAGAAAGCUGGUUUAGAUAGCCCCAUGAUUACCCGGCGUUUGGCGCAAAAUGGCAAGAAUGUUAUCACUCCGCCGCCGAAGAUCCUCGCAAAGCGUAUUUUCUUUUAUAUAUUCGGAGGCUUUGGUAGUCUGUUAUUCGUUGCGUCUAUCAUUUGCUUCCUCGCUUGGAGACCUCUAGGCGACCCGAACCCUGCUACUGCAAACUUGGCCCUCGCCGUUGUGCUCUUGAUAGUUAUUAUGAUCCAGGCUGUCUUUAAUGCAUGGCAAGAUUUUACCACCAGUCGCACCAUGAAUUCCAUUGCCGCUAUGUUGCCUUUGGACGUUUUAGUUACUCGAGAUGGUCGCACAUUGAAAGUCCCAGCCCCCGAGCUUGUCCUUGGAGACAUAGUACAUGUCACCAUGGGAUGUAAAGUACCUGCCGACUUACGACUCGUCGAAGUAUCCUCCGACCUCAAAUUCGACAGGUCCAUCUUGACCGGAGAAAGUAAUGCUGUUCCCGCCACUGUCGAAGGGACCAACCCCAGCUUCAUGGAAUCUCGCAAUAUAGCUCUUCAGGGAACGCUCUGUGUCGGUGGAGACGGCCUGGGUGUAUGUGUGUGCCUUGGCGACAAUACCGUCUUUGGACGUAUUGCGAAACAAGCCGCGUCAGAACGUCCGGGGCGAACUUCGCUGGAGUCUGAGAUCUUUCGCAUUGUACUAAUUAUCUGUAGUUUGGCUAUUGCCAUUGAUAUCAUUGUCGUCAUUUUGUGGGGUACAUGGCUUCGCCGCGACCAUCCGGGCUUCAUAUCUGUUCCAGUAUUACUCGUUGACCUAGUUUCCGUUGCUGUUGCCUUUAUUCCAGAGGGUCUUCCUAUUUGCGUCACGCUUUCACUGACGGUGAUAGCUGGCGCCAUGCGAAAAGCUAACAUCCUGUGCAAGUCGCUCAGUACAGUUGAAAGUUUAGGAUGUGUCAAUUUCAUCGCUUCAGACAAGACAGGGACUUUGACUUUGAAUAAAAUGACCGUGGUCAACGUCGCUGUCGGGGACGAGCUUUUAACCGCCUCAGAAGCAAGGAUGGCUGCAGUCAACAAUGGGCCCACCGGGGAGUGUAUUAAGAUUUUGGCUGCAGUCGCGGGAAUUUGUAACGACGCGCGUUUCCAAGAGGCAGAUGAGGAAUUACCUUCAGAGAUUCGGAAGGUUCACGGUGACGCUACGGAUACCGGUUUACUUCGAUUUUCAGAGACCAUCAUGCCUAUCGAAGACAGCAGAGCAGGUUGGAUAGAACGUGCAAAGCUUGCCUUCAACUCGAAGAACAAGUUUGCCAUGAAACUUCUACAAGCACUUCCCCAAGAGAAACCGGUUACAUCAAUGCCCAUUUCUUCCACUGACAACUUUGAUGUGCUAUCGGACUAUGUUCUACUGGUCAAAGGGGCUCCUGAGAUAUUAUCGCGCCGGUGUAGCCACAUAAUGGAUUCGAAGGGAUCGGUCGAACCAGUGAACGAUUCACUCGCAGACCGUCUGUCGGCGACACAGGAGCAAUUUGCAUCAAGCGGCCAACGCGUUCUACUUAUGGUCAAGAAGAUCAUCCAUGGCGCCGAACUUCCGGCGGACUUCUUUGUCGAAUCUGGCUCUUUCCCUAUGGAAGAUCGUAUUCUUGGCCUUAACUCUGACCUGACAGUAGUAGGUUUGGUAGCAUUGAUAGACCCCCCCAGAGAUGAUGUCAAGCACACGGUUGCUACAGCACGCCGGGCAGGAAUUCGGUUUGCAAUGGUUACAGGCGAUUUCUCCUCUACUGCUGCUUCCAUCGCUCAACAAGUAGGAAUUAUCACAACGCCAAUGGACAAAGUGAAGCAUGUUAAGGACCUCCCACACGACGCGUCUCUAGCGUCCGUGGCUGAGUAUGAGCGCGAGAUUGAUAAACGCUCAUGCCCGGAAAUGCAAAGUCUUGUCUUGAGCGGCUCUGACCUCAUCGGCAUGACUGAAUCGCAGUGGAAACAGGCACUUGCUUUUGAUGAGAUCGUUUUUGCCCGAACAACUCCCCAGCAGAAACUGCAAAUUGUGAAAAAGUUGCAAGCGGAAGGAUGUACCGUUGCGGUGACAGGCGAUGGAGUCAAUGAUUCUCCGGCCCUGAAACAAGCCGACGUUGGGGUAGCCAUAGCUGGGGGUUCCGAAGUCGCCAUGGAGGCCGCGGACUUGAUUCUGCUCUCGGAUUUUUCUGCAAUCAUCACCGGAAUUCAGUAUGGUCGUCUAUGCUUUGAGAACCUCCGCAAGUCAAUAUUGUACCUCUUGCCUGCCGGUAGUUUCUCAGAGCUCAUGCCAGUUGUUUUGAAUGUACUCACUGGGGUCCCGCAAGCAUUGAACAGUUUCCAGAUGAUCAUCAUCUGUGUUUUCACGGAUGUUUCUCCUGCGUUGUCCAUGGUGAACGAGAAACCUGAAGCAGAUCUAUUAUUACGCCCGCCUCGCGAUCGCAAAAAGGACCGCAUGAUCAAUUGGAGACUUUUACUGCACGCCUAUUUCUUUCUAGGCAUCAUAGAAGCAACAACAUCCAUGGUCGGAGCGUUUUACUUUGGAUUCCAACGGCAUGGUAUUCCGUUUUCCGCUCUGUGGCUCAAGUAUGGAGGUUAUGACGCAAACCCUAAGCUGGUCAGCGAGCUCACAAAUAGAGCGCAGUCUAUCUAUUUCUACAAUUUAGUUAUGAUGCAGUGGUUCAAUCUACUUGCCACACGCACACGAAGACUGUCGUUGUUCCAACAGAAUCCCUUUAAUUCCAAAACGCGCAAUAUUUUCCUGUUCCCUGCUAUGGCUGCCGCACUUAUACUUGCUUGCUUCUUCUCCUACAUCCCCUGGUUCCAACAGGUCCUUUUGACGCGCGGUGUUGACGUCGAGUUUUACUUCUUGCCGAUUGCAUAUGGUAUCGUAAUGCUUUUCCUUGAUGAGGCACGCAAGUGGUGGAACAGGAGGCACCCGUCGUCGGUUCUUGCACGAAUUUCAUGGUAAUGAUCUUGAUUGCGGUCGUUCUUACUCCGCCUUGGUGCAUAUAUGACGUUCUGUCCCGGCUUAUUACAAUUUUUACGACAGUCUUAUUAUAGCGAAGUGUAUGUUUUAAUAAUCAUGCUCGUGUAAAUGAAAGGUCCUUCAAGAAACAGAUACAAUUGAACGAACACGAGACUUAUUAUAG